ACCGCGCCUUUGUUAUGCGCAUUAUAUUUUGUGCCUAUAAGCCCACCCCACAGCCAUAAUAUACUACAUUACCUACUAUCACAUGAUUGUAACCUCAAAAGCCACUUAUAGGGAAGAAUACCCACAGAGAUUUCUCAUUCUCAUUCAACUCCUUUGAAGUCUCCUUCUCUUGUUCAAAAUUCCUCAUAGACAUAUAUUUGUUGAAGAAGAAUAGUCAAAGUUCAAUUCUUGAUUUCUAGCAGAAGUGAUUAGUAAUGGCAUCAACUUCUUUUGCUCUUCCUUCUCUAAAAGUACAAUUCCCCUCACAUAAACCAUCAUCUUCUUAUACGAGCUCAUCGUCUCAUCGGGUCAUUGUUCGAUCCAUUAAAGAUUCAGUGUCUGAGAGGCCACCUUUCAUUUCAUCGCCACCCGUUAAACCAACAAAACUCCCGACCAGAAAAGUCCCUGGAGAUUAUGGACUACCAUUGGUUGGUCCAUGGAAAGACAGACUUGAUUACUUUUACAAUCAGGGCAAAAAUGAGUUUUUCAAAUCUCGAAUUCAGAAAAAUCAAUCUACUGUUUUUCGAACCAACAUGCCACCGGGUCCUUUCAUUUCCUUCAAUCCAAACGUUGUUGUUUUGCUCGAUGGUAAAAGUUUCCCCACCCUUUUUGAUGUCUCUAAGGUUGACAAAAAAGAUCUCUUCACCGGUACUUUUAUGCCUUCAACUGAGCUCACAGGCGGUUAUCGUGUUCUCUCCUAUCUUGAUCCUUCCGAACCAAACCACGCUAAACUGAAGAAACUCAUGUUUUAUCUCCUUUCAUCACGACGUAACGAAGUCAUCCCCGAGUUCCACAAUAGCUAUUCCGAGCUAUUUGAAACACUAGAGAAUGAACUCGCCACGAAAGGGAAGGCUGGGCUUAAUGCAGCAAAUGACCAAGCCGCAUUUAACUUCCUGGCUCGAUCUUUAUACGGAGUUAAUCCGCUAGACACCGAACUCGGGUCUGAUGGACCCAAGUUGAUUGGCAAAUGGGUGUUUUUCCAACUUCAUCCUUUGCUAAUUCUUGGCCUACCAAAGGUUCUUGAAGACCUUGUCAUGCAUACUUUUAGGCUGCCCCCUGCUUUAGUGAAAAAAGACUACCAGAGAUUGUACAACUUCUUCUAUGAUAACUCAACUUCCGUUCUUGAUGAAGCGGAAAAAAUUGGUAUUUCACGAGAGGAGGCUUGUCACAAUUUGCUAUUCGCGACAUGUUUUAAUUCAUUUGGAGGAAUCAAAAUCUUUUUUCCCAAUAUGUUGAAGUGGAUAGGCAGAGCUGGGGCCAAACUGCACUGCGAACUGGCUCAGGAGAUACGUUCAGUUAUUAAAUCAAACAAUGGAAAAAUCACAAUGGCUGCCAUGGAAAAAAUGCCGCUAAUGAAAUCUGUAGUCUAUGAGUCCCUACGCAUUGAACCGCCAGUAGCAUCACAAUACGGCAGAGCAAAACGUGACAUGGUAAUUGAGUCCCAUGAUGCAUCAUUUGAGAUCAAAGAAGGUGAGCUUCUUUAUGGGUUUCAACCAUUUGCAACUAAAGACCCCAAAAUAUUUGACCGAUCGGAAGAGUUUGUUGCCGAUAGGUUUGUUGGUGAGGAAGGGGAAAAGCUACUGAAACAUGUGUUAUGGUCAAAUGGAUCUGAAACAGAGAAUCCAUCGGUAAAUAACAAGCAGUGUGCUGGAAAAGAUUUUGUGGUGUUGGUUUCAAGAUUGUUGUUGGUUGAAUUGUUCAUUCGAUAUGAUUCCUUUGAGAUUGAAGUUGGUGCAUCUCCUUUAGGUGCUGCAAUUACCUUAACAUCUUUGAAAAGAGCAAGCUUUUGAUCAACUAAUUAGUAUAUUUGUGUAAGUGUAUUAUAUUUCAUUGUUAUUAAGAGUUUAAAAGAACAAUGCUGGUAACUGGGGAUGGAGCCGGUGAUGGAAGAAAUAUAAUGUUGUUAGCAAUAAUACAAUUUGAGUUGAGUGGUAGUUGGGGGAGGCUUUUUACAUUUAAUGUCAUCUACUACAGAUGUGUAUAGUUUAGUAGUAUAAUAUUUUUUGUUGGAGAUUAUAUAAUCAUUUUACUCUUUUCUA